UGCAAUAGUGGCCUUAGAUGUGUGUUUUGGAUAAUUGUCAUGUUGGAAAACAUCUCUCUCAAUAUAGGGCGGUACAUAUGUGAAUUCAUGAUACCAUCAAUGAAAUGCAGAUCUCCUGUAUCGCUGCAUGAGUGCAGCUGGUGUUGAAGGACACUGCGACCACCAUGUUUCACUGUAGGCACCAUGAAUUUUUCUUUGUACUCCUCACCUUUGUGACACCAUACAGUUUUGAAGCCAUCAGUUCAAAAAACAUUUAUCUUGGUCUCAUCACUCCAGAGUACAGAGUCCCAGUAGUCGUCUUCUUUUUCAGCAUGGGC